AUGGUCCAUCUGCCUCAGCACCACGAGUUCCCAAUCCCAAUCCCCCCCCCCACUUCCCUCCACCCAAGGCCUUGCAGCUGAGGCUUGCACCCAUCGCAAGUUCAAGCAUGGACAUCCUACCACACACACCCCCACCACCUCUACAACCUAGCUCAGCAUCGCCAGUCGAAAAAAGAGAAGGGAAAACGCAAUGACAAGACCAAGUGGCAGCGCAAGAAGAGCACGACCGUGAGGAGGAGGAGGAAGAAGGUGAUCAUGACCAGCAACAACUUGAAGGACACGAUCGAGAAUGGGGCCAAGACGUCGGUGGGAACGGAGGAGGAGGCGAAGACGAAGAAGACGAAGAAGAAGAAGAGGAGGAGAUUAUGGACCAAGCGAGUACGGAAAAAGGAGCGAUCGUUGUCCCCCGAUAGCGAGCUGUUCGAAAAGACGUUUGGCUUCCAUUUCGGUAUUUUCCGUUCUCCGACGAAGAGGCGUUCGAAACGUCAGCCGACUCAGCCGAGCCCUCCCCCAUCACCAUCGGUCCAGAGGUCAACGCGUCGUCGGAAGGAGAAGGAGCAUUCGAAGAAAUCCAUUGCCGAUGGCGCAACGGCGUGCCAGCCCCUAGACACCGUGACCGAGACCGGCGGCUUCAACGAGCACGACAAGUUCGAGCCUAACAAACAGCGCGACCGGCUUUGA